AUGACCCAAGAAACUCCCUGGUUCACGGAUAUAGCUAAUUUCAAGGCUAUUAGGGAGCUACCCACCAACAUCAACAAACACAUGAGGAGAAAGCUAAUCAAUGAUGCUAAGUACUACAUUUGGGAUGAGCCUUAUUUGUUUAAAAGUGGAAAAAGAACUGCAGCCAAGGUGCUACAGUGUGGGUUCUUUUGGCCAAUAAUAUUCAAAGAUGCAAAGGAGUUGGUAACAAGGUGCAAUGAAUGUCAAAGAGCUGGAAACCUACCCAAGAAAAAUGAGAUGCCACAAAGGUUCAUCAUGGAGUUGGAGUUUUUUUAUGUAUGGGGGAUUGAUUUCAUGGGACCAUUCCCAUCCUCAUACUCAUACUCAAAAAAUUAUAUAUUUGUGGCUGUGGAUUAUGUGUCAAAAUGGGUAGAGGCUAUAGCUACAUCAACAAAUGACAAGGUUAUGAUAAGUUUCUUGAGAAAAAACAUAUUCAGCCAAUUUGGAGUUCUUAGAGCCUUUAUUAAUGAUGGUGGGACACAUUUCUGCAAUAAGCAACUUGAAGCACUCCUUCUGAAGUAUGGAGUCAAGCACAAAGUGGCAACCCCAUAUCAUCCACAGCCCAACGGGCAAGCUGAGAUUUCAAAUAGAGAACUCAAAAGAAUCCUUGAAAGAACUGUUGGUAACUCAAGAAAGGAAUGGUCCAAAAGGCUGGAUGACGCACUAUGGGCUUAUAGGACAGCCUUCAAAACACCCAUUGGUAUGUCUCCAUACCGAUUGGUGUUUGGAAAGGCUUGUCACCUACCAGUAGAGCUUGAACAUAGAGUAUUUUGGGCCCUAAAGAUGUUGAACUUUGAUAAUCAUGCUGCUGGGGAAAGAAGGCUACUACAACUCAAUGAGCUGGAAGAAUUCAGAAAUCAAGCUUAUGAGAAUGCCAAGAUUUACAAGGAAAACACAAAGAAAUGGCAUGAUCAAAAGCUAGCAAGAAGAGAGUUUGUAGAAGGUCAAAAAGUGCUGCUAUACAAUUCAAGGCUCAAGUUCUUCCCAGGGAAGCUUAAGUCAAGAUGGUCUGGACCUUUCACAAUCCUCAAGGUGUCUCCCUAUGGUUAUGUAGCCUUAUGGAGGACAAGACACAUAGAACUUUCACUGUCAAUGGCCACAGACUCAAGCACUACUUGGGGGACUCAUUAG